AUGUUUGACGACGCCGAACGUUCCGCUCGCAUUGAGCAGAUCUGCCAGCGAGUCGAGGAGGAGUGCGAGCGCCGUGCGCGCGAGGAGGAGCUAGCAGAGGCGCAGGUCGCCUCUCAAGUGGACGCAAACGCGGUAGACAUGGACCUGGCGCAUCGCGCUAAACGCGGUAGCGUCUCCAUUUCGCGAUUUGGCGAGCCAAUCCAGUCCUCCGCCAUACAUGCACCAACGCCUAGCACACCUUCUUCCGCGGCCGCCUUCGUUGUGCGCAAGCCGACAUUUUACCAGGUACAGAUGCACACUGGCUCUGCCGACUCAUUCGCCUCCCUCCAACUGUCACACGCCUCCCGUUCACCGCCGCCCAUUGACGAGCCGGACCUCGCAUCGGAGCAGGUCGUACAGAUGGCGAAAAUUGCCGCGCGUGGUUCGCUUUCGAUUUCCAAGGCAUUCUCGCGCGCGCGCUCUCGUCCGGCCAUCAUCGGGCCGUCGGUAUCUCAGAGCCUUGUCAUCGGUGUGCAGGUGCAAGAGGCGACGGUUGAAGUCUCGGAGGGCGCAGAGGAUCUGGCGCGUAGCAGGACGGAGAUCAGCGCUCCGUAUGGGCGGCCGAGAGGGAUGAGCGGGGGCGUGGGCGGGUGCGGGAAGGGCGAGCGGGGGUGGCUUGGGCGCGCGAGGUCGAUGACGAUGAAGCUUAGACGGAGGAGCGUUGCUGCCCUCGUGCAAGGCUCUGCGCGCUGA